GUUAGGUCACAGUUCGCAAAGUGAUUUCUUGUCGCUGCCUUUUUGCUUCAAUUGAAUGGGUCCAACCACAUUGGAUUUCUGCCCAUGCUUCCUCUCUCUCUCUCUCAUGGAUCUUUCAUGCAUCUCACUUUUACUAUUUAAUGAUUCCCUUUUAUCUCUCCCUCCACUGCCACUUCCUUUAGUUUCCUUUCCUUCUACUCUCGCAUUUUACAAACCUAGCCUUUGAACCUCCCUUCCCUGGUUCCCACUUUUUAACAUGACCGACCCCUACUGCCCCGAAGCCUUCAAUUCUCCCUUCCUUUUCUCCUCCUCCUUUAACUUUCCUUGUGCUCAUUUUAACUCGUCAUCUCUCGCUUUACCCUCUUCUCCUCCUCCGAGAGAAGCCCUACCUCUCCUUAACCUAAGCCCUCCAAGACAUGACGAAGAUGAUAUGCAAGUAGACAUCAAGCAGAAAGAAGGAGCCACGGGGUGUGGUUCUUUGAAUGAUGAUCCUGUGACGUUGGCUUUGCAGUUACACCUCGGCCUUCCAACCCCAAGCAGUUCAUCGCCUGACUUGGCUGAUUCGAACCUAUGCUCCUCAGAGACAGUUUCAGACAAAGACGAAGUCACAACUGUAUCUUCUGGGUAUCUCUCUGAUAGGAUCACUCCAGGCGGUCAGUAUUGGAUCCCUACCCAAGCUCAGAUUCUGAUUGGUCCCACACAGUUCUCCUGCCCUCUUUGUUUCAAGACCUUCAACAGAUACAACAACAUGCAGAUGCAUAUGUGGGGGCAUGGAUCUGAAUACAGAAGGGGACCAGAGUCUCUAAGGGGGACACAGCCAACAGCAAUGCUGAGGCUUCCAUGCUAUUGUUGUGCACCUGGGUGCAAGAACAACAUCGAGCAUCCCAGAGCUAAACCUCUAAAAGACUUCAGAACCCUUCAAACCCAUUACAAGAGAAAGCACGGGAUAAAGCCUUUCAUGUGUAGAAAAUGUUGCAAAGCAUUUGCAGUGAGAGGUGAUUGGAGAACUCACGAGAAGAACUGUGGCAAACUCUGGUAUUGCUCCUGUGGCUCUGACUUCAAGCAUAAAAGAUCUCUUAAGGAUCAUGUCAAGGCUUUCGGACAUAGCCACACGCCUUGUGGUGUUGACUGUCUCCAUCAGGAUGAAGUGCCCUCUGAAAUUGACCACCCAAAUGACUCCUUUCAUUCUCAUCAUAACUAAUUGUAUUAUGGGUUAAUUCCGCCACUUUGUAUAAUUAGUCAGGAGCUUUAGCUGUGGUUUCUCACAUUGAACUAAUUUUUGCUUUCGACUUUUGGACUUGUGCAUGACUAGCAUAUUAAUGAAGCAAAUUUGUUCCUUUUGGGUUU